UAAAUUGUUCGAGAAGGGGAAGUCGUUUGAAAAUGUUUGUGUUUCUUUUACUGCUUUCUCCGUGUUUCGGAUGGGAUUUAAAACACACACUGGACAUUCAAAAAAAUAAAUUAGAUGAAUUUGGAUUAGACAAGCUUGUGUCCAAACAUAGACACGAUUUCUACGAAAUAGACGGCAACAGCCCGCAAAGCGAGCAGCUGAAAAGUUAUAUACAAUUUGUGUCGAAACUUUCUGAGAAUCUUAUAAACAACGUUCAUGGUAAUAUAAAACGCAAUUAUGAAUUGAACGCAGACGAAGUGAAAACGCUCGACUAUCGUUUUAACACUACUAAUUUGGAAUAUGAAAGCAUUUUGAAUGAGUAUCUGAACAAAAUGGCCAAGGGUGCCAAAUACAACGACAGCACAAUAUUCUUAUUAGAUUUCAUGGAUCUGUCCAACUUUUUAUUACAGUCCGUGAUCGAAAGUAAUCUUGCAGAUAUCAAAGGAAAGUUUCUUUUGCCAAACUCUUGGUACAAUCAGCCUUUGAAAUAUACGAUGUUGAGACAACAAAUGAAAAUUGUUAUGAACGUAAUGGAAAUCACGAUUUGUAGAAACUUAUCGAUCUGUAUUGAUAAUGCGGCGUACACCGAGUACAUUAUCGAGUGGCUGCGGCUUCUGCUCAACGCAGAUGACGAGACUUUAUUAAAUUUCUUCAAAGCAAUAAGUGAAAUCCUUACCGAGAAGAAGCAUACAAUCAAAAGUAAUAUAAUAUUUCGAAGUAAAUGUAAGACCGCAGCGAAUUCACAUUCCUCACAACAAAGGAAUAUUCUAGACUUUCUUGAUGAGGUUUUGAGUGGACAAGAUACCGAUAUCUUCCAAUCUCGUUACAAGCAAGUAGCUGAUAUGUUAAAGGGUCUGUUCAAAAUUAUCGACGAUAAUUACGAACUUAAUUACGAAAAUACCUUAAAACUAGAUGACGUGUCCCUAAAAUUUUUCCAUCUAAAAGAUAUUAGCGAAGAAGAUAUAAAAUAUGCAUUAGAUACUAUAGUAGAAAACAUGCAGGUGAAUAUAAAAAUAUGGCCUCUAAAUGUGCAAAACGAAUUAGAAUAUGCAUGGGAGCAAAUAACUCUCCAGUAGAAUAUAACUCUUGAAAUAUUUUUGCGUGGAGCUGUGAAUAAUAUAACAAAUUUUACAUAUUCGCAAACGGAUUAUAUGCACUUACACAUGCGUCGUUUUUUUUACACUCUCAUACUAAUAAAAGCUAUUAAUCCAUCCAAACUUU